UCAAUUUCAUUAAUAAAAAACGGAAGAAUCCAUACAUAGGCAAACGUGCAAAGCACAAAAGUUUAUGCAUUUCUAUUUGAUUUUUGCGCGGGAGAAAGAUUUCGACUCUUAACGGUCAUCACAAAUCAUACGUGCACUGCCAUCAUCAUCAUGGUCAUCAUCCAUCUUCAAUUUCUGCUUAAAAGAAAAAAUAAAAUCUAUUAAGGAUCCAUUUGGUUACGUGCAUGAAUGGCAUUGAGAGAUCUUUUCCUUGUAACUGCUGUAAAUGGAGGAGGCAUAAAAUCUGUUAGUUUACAACUCUGUAACGCCAUCUUUUAAGCCGAGUCCUGUGCAUUUGGUUGGGGGAACUAGGAGCGUUGAUUUCCUUUCCAUGUAAUAUUCAUUUUCCUGAGUAAUAAUAAUUAGAGGACUCUAAAAGCCCCUUGUCUUGAUCCCCUCUUUUCUUCUCUGUCGCUCUGCGUGGAUCUCGAGAUCCUGUCCAGAUUAAAAAAAAAUCUGUUGGGUUUCACUCUUUGAUCGCUACACUUCUAACGGCUUGUUACCCACUUCAUUAAUUGCGAUUUAAGCAACUGGGUUGUCUUUUAAAAAAAAGAAAAAAACCAUGUUGAUUUUAUUUUGGUGGUGCCAGUGAUAAUUAGGCUGAGAGGUGCCUAUAGUCUUCGCCCCUUUUAAAAUCAUAUGUCUCCUUCAGACAGUUUUUGUAGGUCUGCAAUGCACUUUUUCCUUCUUUUUCAUGGCAGAGUUUUGUCAAUGCAGUUGGAGAUGGGGGUUUUGUUUGAUGGGGUGAAGAUUUUUGGAUACCCACUUGGGUUCAAACGUUCCAUAAGGCUCAAAGGAUCUCUGUAGUCUUAGAGCAGCCGCUUGCCCUCUUAGGGUGUUAAGGUUCCCCAAAGUUUUAGGCCUUGUAUCUUUUAGGUGCAGGGAACUAUUUCUGGUUUUGCGUUAUUUCUGUAUUUUUUGGGGACUUGUUGAAGAGGAAGUGAUGGCGUCUGUUGUGGAGCCAGUGGCGCAAACCUCCACAGCUGGUUGCUUGGCAAAAUCUCGUGAUGUUUUCAGCCUGUCAUAUUCUGGCAAGAAGAAAGAAGUCACAGAUGCUCCAUCCUCAGCUCCUAAAACUAAUACAGCAUUUUAUUCUUUCAAGAGGCCUGUAGAAAACUUCUCAACUCCAAAUAUCGAUGGUGCUGUUGACAGCUCUACAGCUCUGAAUAUUGAUGGACAUGUUGACAGGGCAAAAUCCCUCUCUGGUAGCAUCAAUUCUGAAUCUACUAAUGGUAGUGAGGCUAUUCAAGAUAAUGGACCUUCGACACCGAUGCGCUACCUGGCAAAGCCAAAGCACGUUGAGACUCCAGACUCUGCUAUUUCUCUUCCGGCCCUUUCACUAGCAACAGUUUCAUGCUAUGUAGACAAGGAGAUGGUCAAACAGGCAAAUGCCGAAUUCAAUAAAGUAGAUUCACCUUUUGGCUGUUUGGGAAAGUUUGACAAAGAACCACAGUCAAUUAUUAAGUCAGGCUCCUCUAAUGUCCAAGGGGUUCUGGGCAAUACAUCUGAGAUAUCAAAGUUAACUGGCUCUGAAAUUCAGCAAACAAAUUUGAACAUACAUAUGCCUGGUUUAACCCAGUCCCAUAUUCCUCAGUCUUGUAACUCUGUCAAUUCUGCAUUUAGCCAGCAGUCAUCCACCAUCAUACCAGGAAAAGUAAACCCAAUUAAAUCUUCUGUUUCCAAUACGAAUAGUAAGCAGCAGAUCAUGUUCAAUAAUGGUCAACAGGGUCCUGAAAGCACCAAGUAUCCACAAGUGAUUCCUUUGUCAGUAAAUGGAGUGCAACUUAACUUGAGUCAGGGUCUGCAGUGUGAAGAUACAUUUCAAGGAAGUGCAGCAAGACAGAAGCUUAGGACUCCUUGCAUUUCUAACCAGUUUUCUUACCCCAUUGCUAAUGGACGACAAUUGGAGGUAAACUAUAUGCCUCUGCUUCAGACUCCUUUGAUGGCAACAAGCCUUGGUGGCCAACAGGCACUGACCGCUGAAAACAACAUAUCCCACAGCAGCAAAAAUAAUCAACCUUUUGUGAAGAAACGGAAGUUGGCUUCACAAAAACCUCAAGUAGGAGAGUCAUCUGUAGGACUGAAUCAGUGUGCUUUGGAGGUUAGACAGAGGGCAGCAAAUGUUGAGAAUCAUCACUAUGAAGUAGGAGGGAAACAUCAGAAAGGGCAAGUAAAGCAGUUUCAAUCACCAAAUGAUAAGGUUGAAAAUGCCAAAUCGGUAAAUGGGUUUGGCGGUUUGCCCAGUGUUAAUGGAGUUGGAAAUAUCAGGCAUUUAGUAGAGCCUGUGACAAUGAAAACAAAUGGUGGUACAACAAAUUCAUCAUUUACUUGUGGUCCUUUAGGGUCUAAUGUGCACAACACCAGUCCUUCAGAGGCAGGAAAAACACCUUCAACCUUGUCCUUAGAAGCAACAAAAUCUGAGACUGUUUCAAAUCAACCAAGAGGAAAUACUGAGGGACAGUCUUUGGAUGUUCAAUCCCAUCCUCUUGGUUUAAGACUUCUCACAUUUCCGGCAUAUGCCCCAAUGCCAGCAGCUGUGUCAACCUUUUCGUCUGGGGGCCCUUCGCUUCCUCAGUACAUUAAUCAACAAGGUAAUGGUGAAGAUUCUUAUCCAGGGAAGAGACAGAACCCAAAAAGAACUUCACCAGAUUUAGAAUGGGGCAAGUUUCUGGCCCUGUCUGCUACACCAGAUACUUCUGCUGAGGUAGAAGAGACACAGACUGAAACUCUUCUUCCUUAUCAGAAGCGUUUCAUGCGACUGCAAGCUUAUCUAAAGCAAUGCGAUGAACCAAAUCAGAAGUACCUUAAAAGCCUUCGGACUUUGUCUGCUGCUGCUCGCAGUGGACAUGCAGUUGAACUGGAAACCAGAGCCAUCAUGCUUUCUCUGGAAGAAGGUAAAGAGAUACAUAGGAUGAAAAUUCUGAAUGUUUUUGCAAAGAAUUUAUCAAAUGAAGGAGAUGCAUCUCUCUAUGACGGAGCCUAAAUUUGUAGCCAAUCCUUUAUAAUGUUGGAAGCUCCUAGAGCAUCUUUGACUUACAUAACUGGAUCAGUAAUUAUGGAUUGCAUCUUUGACUUACAUAACUGGAUUAGUAAUUGUGGAUGACAGCAUAGAAACAACACAAUAAAAUUGGCCUUCAACAUUUUUCAUCAUUUGCCUUGGCUGAUUUGAUAUCUCACAUACAUGUGGAAAGGUGGGAUCCACGAGGCCUCUUUUGUAUGUGGAUGCACGCUAAAGCUUCUCCAAAUGACAUAGUAAUGACGAGUAAUUUCUUAUGCCAGAAAUCAAAUAAUCAGCAAAUACUGAUUAUUUGGCAUUUUUGUUGCUUGUGCACUGAUAUCUAAACUGAGCAUCCGAUCCGGGGAAUGUUCUGAUAUCUUGCUGAGUUUCCUAACUGAUACUAAAUUGGGAAUCAUUGAUAUUUUGAUAAGCUUCCUAUAUUACUCAAGAAAUAUGCCAUUUUACACCUGUCUCCCAGGUAGGGGAUAUCUGUAGACUUCUCAUAUGUUGAAGUUGUCAUCUGUAAUAAUUAAUUGACUCUUACUCGGGUAUUUUGAAGCGUCCAAUUUAGUUGGUAAUGGUUUCAACUGUUGUCGAUGAUCUGCUGAUAGCUUUCAUGGUUUUAUCAAAUGGCUUGUAAUGCAGGGGCUUUAUCAAUACUAAAACUUCGGCAGAUCAGAAUA